AUACCAGCACCAUUAGACACCUGUCAGUGCAGGUGGAGGGAGUGACUGUUGGAUAUCGGAGCCGGGAGGUUUCACUGGAGGACUCGUUUUAUGACUGAUAUGAUUUUGUGCACAUUAGGGUUUUUUUGUUUGUGUUUUGAACUUUUAUCUGAAGUCUUGCUGUUGCCAUCAAUGGAUUUAGUCAAUGCUUACUGAAUCUCAACAUUUAGGUAUUUUUGGAGGAGGAAAAAAACUGUUGGAGGAGGGAUCUUUGUCAUCGCAGAUGCUCAUCUGGGGACUGAAUCCCAUCCAUAAGGAGUUUGAUUUUGGUGUUGCUGUUUCAGAGACACCCUUCUUCAGUUGAGCUGCGUGAUCAUGGCAGACUUCCCGUCCAAUGUUACCACAGAAACCAGCACCCGCAACUCCCGGAGCUCUCAGGCGGGGGGCAGCCGACUCCGAGGGCUGACCGCCAACUUCACCACCGCGCUGGAUAUGUCCUUCAUCCGAAGCAUCCAGGCCAUCCUCAUGAUGGCUGAAAUAAUUCUGGGGCUCAUCCAGUGGGCAUUGAUAGCCAGCGCGCCCUACACGAUUUUUGCGGCGUACGGCUGGGUGAUGUUUGUGGCCGUCACCCUGUGGAUCCUCACCACCAUCCUCUUCUUCAUGAUCCUGUAUGGUGCCCAGCAAAAACUCACCUUCGUCCCCUGGCCCAUGGUGGUGAUGGUGUAUCACGCCGCAGCCGCGGUCCUCUAUCUGAGCGCCUUCCUGGCCAACGCGGCCUCCGUGCGGCUCUGGCGCUCGUCCUUCUUCUACAAUCAUAUGGCAGCUGCCGCGUUCUUUGGUGCUGUGGUGACCAUUGCGUACGGUGCCAGUGCUUUCUUCUCCUAUCUGGACUGGAAGGGAGACGGAGGGAACGCUGCCAACAACACAGUGCCGACCUAGGACUCACACCUGGGCCGCUGAUCUCCUCGUGCUUUCCUUCCUCCCAAGAUGCUGUAGAUAUUUGGAUACAUCCGUGUUGAUACGUAUUACUGCUGACUCUGGUAACCCGAGAUGUGACCUUUCCUCAACCCCAGUAUUAAUAAUAGGACCUUAGACAUCCUUAUGAAUGUGGAACUACCACUUUUGCGGUUCAGGUUACCAAACUAUGGAGGCGUUUAGUGCAAAGAAAAUCAUAAAAGCGUGGAUUGCAGAGUACAUACAGCUGUUUGUUCAAACUCUGAAUGAUACUGUGCCACUCAAAAAAAUAUAAAAACGUUGUACAACAUAUUUUAUACAAUGCCGUCCGUUAUAACCUCAAAAUAAAGUAUGAACAGCUUCAAGCGUGUCCUAGGUCGGUCAUUGGUGGAAAGAUCAGAUAUGCAGUGUAAAACAUUUAACAGCCUGUCAAAACCUUGGUUUUAAACAUUUCCUCCAGUUUGUGGUCCUGAGAUGUGAGGUUUAUCAAGGAGAAACAUGAAGAUCUGUAAUCAUUGAAGUUGCUGGUUUAGCUGGUUGGACAGCGGCCGUUGUUGCAUUGGUUCGGCCGGCUGAGUCCAACCGUACGACAAUGUCAUAAAAAGCUCGUCUCCAGCUGGGGCGUGCAGAAGGUGUGCAGAACCACUGUGAUUAGUGUAUCAACUUUGAUUUUCCCUCCAUAAACCCUAGGAUCUCCAUAGACCAAGCCAAAGUACUGAUCCUAAAUAGAAAGAUGUAUUCCCUUGAUCGCACACGUUAUGAAGACGCAGGACAUUCGUUGUUCUUAAUGUCUCAAAUACUGUACUGAACGCUGUGGAAGAAAGCAAGGUAUCUCAGUUCCCUUGAUUUAUAUGAUACAGCGCUCAAGGACUUUUGCUCAUGUGCCUUUUUGUACCAACAAUUUGAAACCUUGUAAAAUCAUGUGUUGACUGAUAGAGCUUAAGCCUGCACUUGUUUAAAUAAAGCACUCUGUAAUAUUAAUGUAAGG